UUUUACAUAACCCGGAAGUAACACUCGGCUUGCUUAGCAACAAUUUUCGCGGAUUAUUUCUGAAUUGGCAAAAUAAGUUGUUCUUGCUUUUUGCUGUGUGAACACAGAACUAGAAAGAAAUAAGCCAUGUCUUUCUUCGGGGUCACACAACUUGGCUACCAAAACACAAUAAGAGAAGGGUCUGCUCGGGCAAAAUUGGAACCAACUCGAGCAAAAACACAACUUGGAUUUAUUGCAUUUCCACCACUGGUUGAAAAGAAUCCGCCAAAAAGAUCUAUUGUGCCGAUAGAUCAAGUGUCAGCAUAUGGACCUGGUCCAAAAGACUCUUAUGUUGAAUUUACAAGAAUGAGAACGAAACACAUUAGAACACCGAAAGAACCACCCCAGUUGUACAACUACCCUUUAACAACAAGUCAAGGUUGUGGUUGGUGGACACAGCAUGAACCUCUAAAGAAAAACAUGACUUGGGCAUACGUGCCAAGACAUGUCAAACUUAACAGUGAAAUGACCAGAUUUGUUGACCAGAUGGCAUUGACUAACAGAGAAUUUACACUAUUUUAGAGACGUUGUUCAGUUUGCCAGUAUCGGACAAUUACUUGUACAUGUUUUCACAAAAUAUCAAAUAUUUUGUAUAGAUUUAUUAUUGUUCAAAAUGAACCAUUCUACUUAUAAUAUAUAUUUUUAAAGCUAUUGAUUAGGUUAUAUAAAUAUUGGUUUUGAAUACAUGUGAUUUUUUUAUAGAACUACAAACACAUUUUAAGUGAAGUUUAUGUUUUUAUAAUAUAAAACAGUAUAUUCUUUAUAUUUUAACUGC